AGUAGUAAGUUCUUAUAUUCAGGAAGAUUGGUAGCAGGAGCAAAAUUUGGUUUUCUACAAAAAGUGGUCUACAAGUGUUUUUACUCAGGGACGACGAGCUCUUCGAGAAAUCAAUAUGAAGUGCUCCGUAUUAUUUUUAUUGUUCGUUAGUGCAGUUUGUUCCGCACCAGCGGAUGAGGAACCUUUAGCCCAAUUAGUCAGUGGAAACCGACAGUUUGCUGCCAAAGUAUACAAAGAAAUACUGAAAACCAAUCGAGGCAACCUAAUCUUCAGUCCUUUCUCCGCCGAAACCGUCUUGGCUCUUCUCUCCGCCGGCGCCAAAGGGGACACCCUGGAUGAACUUGUCACGGGAGUCUCCUUGCCCUCCGAUCAACAGAACCUCCAGAGGGCCUUCAAGGAGCUGCUGCCCAAACUGAAAUCCGACCACGAGAACCUGAAAUUGCUCAGCGCCAACAGGAUUUACGCCAAGAAGGGCCUGAAGUUAGAGCCAGACUUCAACAAAGUGGCUGUUGAUAUCUACGGAUCCUCCAUAGAGCAAGUGGAUUUCAAGCAAAACGUCGAAGCAGCGAACACCAUAAACAGUUGGGUGGAAGACCAGACCAACCACAAGAUCCAAGAUCUGAUCUCUAAGGAGGAUCUCGGCGAAGAUACGGCCAUGGUGCUGGUCAACGCCCUGUAUUUGAGCGGCCAGUGGCUGCACACCUUCAGCCCCUUCACCACCAAAAAUGAGAAAUUCUGGAAGACCGCCAAUGACGCCGUGGAUGUUCCCACUAUGAGUCAAACCGCCACGUUCAAUUACUACGAUAGCAAAGAACUGGGAGCGCAGAUUUUGGAAUUGCCUUUCGAAGGGACCGAUACUGUGAAAGAUUUGAGCAUGGUUAUUGUUCUACCGCACGAAAAAGAAGGCUUGCAAUCGCUGGAGACCAACGUCGAGAAAUUACUGGCGCCUCAGGCUUUCACUAAACAACGCGUACACGUCAAAUUGCCCAGGUUCACGAUCGACUCCGAAAUUCAAUUCGUCGAUAUUCUGAAAUCGUUGGGCGUUCAAAAAAUUUUCAACGACGAUGCCGAUUUGACUGGAUUGGCUAAGACUUCCAGGAAGUUGUACGUUUCCAAAGUCAUUCAAAAGGCUUUCAUCAACGUCACCGAAUCCGGUGUAGAAGCCGCCGCUGCCACUGCAGUUAUUGGUGUCCCUCUAUCAUUGGAGUACCCAAUCCCGCCUCCACCCAUUAGAUAUUUCGUCGAUCGCCCUUUCAUCUAUUACAUUAAAAAGGGCGGAUUGGUUCUAUUCGCAGGGCGAGUAAAGAGAUAAACUGAUGUAUUUUGUGGUUUUUUUAUGCUUAAGCACGUAUAAUUUUAUAAAUAUAUUUUUUUAAAUAAAAUAAUAUUUUUAUG